AUGACAAAGAGGAGGAAGACGACUACAAACAAAGUGUCAUUCUAUUUGUUCCCUCCCCUCCCCUCCCAUGGUCAGCAGGAUUAUUACGACAACCCCUCCCAUGCAAUCAUGCAUGCAUGGGCCAUGAUGAUGGCUAGCUUCUUCACUGCAGCUCUCAUGCAAUGCAACCGAGGGUACGGUUAGUGGUGGCCGGCCUCCACCUCCGUCGUCACGCCAGUCGCCGGCCGCCCGCGAAACACCAGAGGAAAGAUUGGCCACUGCAUGCAACGCGAUGCAAGUGCAUCUUGUUAAGCUGUUAUGGGUUUCGUUUGCCCGCCCGCCGUGCGUGCAGAGGAAGAGUUUGGACGGUAUCGAUAAGCUUGA